AUGGGUGUAUUCCUUUCCAGUCUUAGCACUUGUGCAGCCAAAGAUCCAGAAGGUUCAAGCUUUCAGUGCGGCCUACCGGAUACGUUCGAGUCCGAUGGAGAUAUUGCUGGGCUUGGAGUUUUCAUCGCCUUUGCUGUCGCAGUCAUUACUUCACUCUUUGCUUCUGUAUACGUCCUAGUUAUUGAAGGGUUCGAGUACUUUUCCAAGCGAGAUUUAUAUUAUCACAAACUGAGGAUGCUCGCAGACGAAUAUCUGAUCAGCCUCAGCGACGCUCAAGCCGUCACCUCUCUCGCUCUACUUGUCACAGCAAACUUCUACGUCGGUUGCACCAUAUCGGCCUACCACUACGACCUCGUUUGUAGCCUAGUACUCAUGUCUAGUGCUGCUCAUAUCGGAUCCUUGGCCGUCAUGCACAAGUACUUCGACGUCGACAAAUGUCAGGGCUGGCAACGUGUCUGGCAGUGGGUCCGAUUCUCGCUUCGCGUCUUCAUGGUCAUUGCUUCAUUCGUACUGUCAAACUACCUUUUCCGUCACCGUCUCGAAUCAAAAAUAUUCCCUUCGUUUAAACCAGCCAGCGACGAUAUCACCACCAACAACAGAACCCAUAGCACAGGCCUGGUUUUACCAGCCGUCUGCUUCAUCGACCAUCCAGGCCAAUCGAACGCCGUUGUUUACAAUAAUUUUACUGCUUCACCAAAUUGGACCAGAAAUUAUACGACACACGCUUCAUCCAAUCACUCAGCAUCCAAUGGUAACUCUAACACUUCAACGUUUGCUGUCAUGCCCGCUUUCGCGACCUUUAAUAGUAACGACGAUUUGAGUAGCGACGGAGAUUUGAAGGCUUUCUAUUGCCUGAUCGGUGCUUGCGCCGUGGCAGCUCUCACAAGUUUCCUCCUGGUUCUAUUCAAGAAACAGGGCACUUGUGGGCACAGCUUACUCUGUCGCCAUCAUUUUGCGUACCUUUUACGUUGGGGUUGCUUCUUCACAACAUAUAUAAUCGCCCUCAGUUCCUGGAAUAGAUUCACGAAACUACAGAACUGGAUGAUAGGUUCUGGUUGGUUUGAGGGAAGUGACACCGGUGAAAGGAGUAUUGAUAGCUUCGGCCAGUUGAUGCCGUUGAUACUGCUGGCCCUCCCAGUCUUAGCAUUGAUCGAAGCACUUGCAGAGAAAAGUGACCCGCCCCAAAAAGGAGAUGCCAAUUGGAUCGGACUACAAGACAAACGGAACCCUGACGGUUUCGGGGCGUAA